AUGACACCUUCAACGAAUAAUCGUAAGGCUAAAAGGGCUCCAAAACAGAGAGAAAACCAGUCAAAAUUUGAAAGACCUGGAGGAAAUAAUGAAAAGAAAUUAAAUUAUAAGCAAAUUAAAGAUAAGAAAUUGAAGGCAGGUCUAAAGAAGAUAGACGAUGAAUAUAGACAUGCUGUGGCCUCUGCUGCAGCCACCGAAUAUUUGUUACCAGAGUCAAUUGGGUUUAUGGAAGCUGAAGAUGAAAUGGAAAAAACAUUCAAAGUAAAACAAUCAGAAAUUAAAUCAAGUGUCGAUGUUACAACAGCAAAUAAGGCAAUGGAUCUUCAACUGAAAGAAUUUGGUCCUUAUAAUAUUAACUAUUCAAGAAAUGGUACCCAUUUAUUGAUUGCAGGUCGUAAAGGUCAUGUUGCAUCGAUGGAUUGGAGGAAAGGUGUAUUACGUGCAGAAUUGAAUUUGAAUGAGAGCUGUUUCGACGCUGUAUAUUUACAAAAUGAACAAUUCUUUGCAGUAGCCCAAAAGAAAUAUACAUUUAUCUAUGACCAUGAAGGUGUCGAAUUACAUCGUUUAAAACAACAUAUCGAAGCAAGACAUUUACAAUUCUUACCCUACCACUAUCUAUUAGCAACUGCAGGUGAAACUGGGUGGUUGAAAUACCAAGAUGUUUCCACGGGGCAACUUGUGUCUGAAUUAAGAACGAAAUUAGGUCCAACUACAGCUAUGACCCAAAAUCCAUGGAAUGCCAUUAUGCAUCUAGGUCAUAGUAAUGGCACUGUAUCCUUAUGGUCUCCAUCAAUGCCACAACCUCUAGUAAAACUUUUAUCUGCUAGAGGUCCAAUAAAUAGCAUCGCUAUCGACAGAAGUGGGUAUCAUAUGGUAACCACUGGUGCUGAUAAGUCAAUGAAAAUUUGGGAUAUAAGAAACUUUAAAGAACUACAUUCCAUUGAAAAUCUUCCAACGCCGGGUUCAAAUGUAACUAUAUCAGAUACUGGGUUAAUUGCCAUGUCAAGGGGCCCACACGUUACGCUGUGGAAGGAUGCAUUAAGAUCUAACAGAGAGGCAAAGCCAUGCUACGGAUCAAUGGGCGGUAACGCCAAUAGGAAUGUUCCAUAUAUGUCUCAUAUGUUCCCCGGAAACAAGAUAAAUAAUAUUCAGUUCGUGCCGUUUGAAGAUCUUUUAGGUGUUGGUCACGAAACUGGUGUAACUAACCUAAUUAUUCCUGGGUCAGGUGAAGCUAAUUAUGACGCGCUAGAAAUCAAUCCUUACGAAACUUCCAAACAAAGACAAGAACAGGAAGUUAGAACAUUGCUUAAUAAAUUGCCAGCUGAUACCAUCACUUUGGAUCCAAAUGUGAUCGGUACUGUCGACAAUAGCGCGUCUGGUACUAGAUUAACUGCGAAAGACCUUGCUGAAAUUACGGCACAAUCUCUAAAUCAACAUAAAGAAAAUAAAGAUAUACCUGAAAUAAAACCUGACGUUAAAGGAAAGAACUCAGGAUUGCGUUCGUUCCUACGUAAGAAAAAACAAAAUGUUAUAGAUGAAAGGAAACUCAGAGUGCAAAAGCAAUUAGAGAAAGAAAAGAGUUCACGUCAAAGAAAUUCCAAAAUCAGAAGUGGUGAAAUAUCGGAAGAUCAUAAAGAUCUUGUUGGUGAGGCCUUGGGGAGAUUUAGCUGA